AUGGAGACAGUCCUAUCUCAAUUGAUACUGGAAGAAUGUGAGGUACCCAGCACCUUGAUAUUUGCAUUAGGAAGCACUGCUCGUGAGUUUUUUGAAAAUGAUCUCACAAGCUCUGCAGGUACGAUGUCCAGCGUCCGCGCUGUGGUAAAUGCUCAGCAACACAUUAAAGUUUUAUUCUUGAAUAAGUUGCAAUAUCUGUACAUGUACUUGACUAAAUUUGAAGUUGAGGAUGGCGAAGGCAAACUCACAUUCAAGAACCUGAUAAUAUUUGGGCUUGACGAAUCAUUGGGCCUUUCAGAUGAUCAACUAGCCUGGCCGCAGGUUCGACUUUCUAACCUCAUUUACAAUCUGGCUUUCAAGAUUAAGUCAAGAUAUCAAGUUGAAGUUCAUUUUGUUCCUAGUGGAGAUCUUCCUUGUGAUGCGCUUAAUCAAAUGGAACAGUAUUGGAGAGAAGUGUGUUAA